AAAUUCUUUCUAAAUGACCAUAAAACCCUCGCUGAACCCUCAAAAACCUGCAAAACUCCUCCUCUGCAAACGUCCCAAAACCUCGCCAAAAUCCUCUACGAGUCCAUGGAACACGCGCUUAAGACAACUUGCGAACCACUCGCUCUUCCCGCAAGCCCUCUCUUUGUAUCGCCAAAUGCUCCGUUUUGGCGUCACGCCGAACGCCUUCACUUUCCCUUUCGCCCUCAAAUCAUGCGCCGUUCUUUCGCUCCCAUUCCCCGGUUCUCAGAUCCACUGCCACGUCAUCAAGACUGGGUGUGAACUGGAGCCCUUUGUGGUCACUUCUCUCAUUAGUUUGUACUGUAAAUGCGCUUUACUGGAUAGCGCGCACAAGGUGUUCGAUGAAAGUUCAAAGGUAAUGAAACUGACUGUUUGUUACAAUGCUUUGAUAUCUGGUUAUGUGUUGAAUUCGUGUGUUAUUGAUGCGGUUUUGUUGUUUGGUAAAAUGGGGGAAGUGGGUGUGGAAAGGAAUGCAGUUACGAUGCUGGGAUUGUUACCGAUAUGUUUGGUGCCGGGUUUUUUGUGGCUUGGGAUGUGUUUGCAUUGCUUAUGUGUGAAAAUGGGUUUAGAUUUUGCUUUGUCUGUGGCGAAUUGUUUGGUGACAAUGUAUGUGAAAUGUGGGUCUGUUGAGUACGGAAGGAAGUUGUUCAAUGGGAUGCCUGAAAAGGGAUUGAUUACUUGGAAUGCUAUGAUUUCUGGGUACGCGCAAAAUGGGCUUGCUACUCACGUUUUAGAGCUCUAUAAAGAGAUGGAGUCCUUUGGGGUUUGUCCUGAUGCUGUUACGUUUGUUGGGGUCCUUUCUUCUUGUGCUUACCUUGGUGCGCUUGGUAUUGGCCAUAAGAUUGAAAAACAGAUUGAAGUAAAUGGUUUUGACUCGAACCCAUUUCUCAAUAAUGCUCUGAUUAAUAUGUAUGCGAGGUGUGGUCAUUUAAAAAGAGCACGGGCCAUUUUUGAUGCCAUGCCUUUGAAGAGUGUGGUUUCGUGGACUGCAAUCAUAGGUGGAUAUGGAAUGCAUGGACAAGGAGACGUUGCGGUGGAGCUCUUUGAUGAGAUGAUUAAAAGUGGUGUUAGACCUGAUGGAACAGCAUUUGUGAGUGUUCUGUCUGCUUGUAGCCAUGCAGGACUGACUGAUAAGGGCUCAGAUUAUUUUGCUUCAAUGAAGAAACAAUAUGGGUUGCAGCCUGGUCCAGAGCACUACUCAUGUAUGGUGGAUCUUUUAGGCCGGGCAGGUCGGCUGAAUGAAGCUCGAGAACUUAUUCAAUCAACACAAAUAGAACCUGAUGGUGCAGUGUGGGGAGCUCUUUUGGGUGCUUGUAAAAUCCAUAGAAAUGUAGAGCUUGCAGAGUUGGCUUUUGAACGGGUCAUUAGGCUUGAACCCACAAAUAUUGGUUACUAUGUGUUAUUGUCUAAUAUAUAUUCUGAUGCCGGGAACUUGGAGGGUGUAAUGAGGAUUAGAGUGAUGAUGAAGGAGCGGAAGCUUAAGAAAGAUCCAGGGUGUAGCUAUGUUGAACUUAAAGGGAUAGUUCACCUCUUCUUGGCUGGUGAUAAAAGCCAUCAUCAAACAGCAGAAAUAUAUAGAAUGCUAGAUGAGUUAGAAAAUUUAGUUGAGGAACUUCGUGGGUCUACGAAUAUUGAUAAUAAAAGCAACAAUGAAUAUUUGAAUGGUAUGGGAGUGCACAGUGAAAAGUUGGCAAUUGCAUUUGGGCUCUUAAACACAAGUCCAGGAACAGAUAUUGUUGUGAUGAAGAACCUACGGAUAUGUGGAGACUGUCAUUUGUUUAUAAAGUUGGUUAGCAAGAUUGUAGAUCGCCAAUUUGUUGUUAGAGAUGCAACCCGUUUCCACCAUUUCAAGAGUGGACUCUGUUCUUGCAAAGAUUACUGGUAACAUCUAUUUACGGUUCUCAUAUUGCAAAUCAUCUGGUCUUAGUCACUAGUCACUCCCACACGUGCUCAAAGUACUGGAAAUUUGUAUUGAAAUGGAUUGAAGUUGCAAGUGAACUGAAAGAAGGAUUUCUUCAACCGAUUCUAGCAAGUAUUGGACACUGAAAUUUUUGCACUCCAUAAGAAUUCCUUGAUUUUAGAUUUUCUCAUCAUGAAGGUUCAUGAAGAAUGAAGACAGAAGCCAUUGGCCUUAACUGAUAAAAUCUCGCAUGAUCACUCCGUGGUCCAUAGACAUGAGACUGAAUGAAUAUAAUCUUCAUCAGGAACCAGAAAGGUUAACGGCAUGACUUCAGAGUUUGGCACACAUCCAUUGUAGAAUUUCUACUGCCCACAAUAAAGAGUGCUCCACUGUACAAUGUCGAGAGAUAAGCUUUCAGUGU